AUGAUACAAUCGCACUGUCAUGAAGCGGAUUUCACGUGCUUGCAUUCGCUGCAGGAGACACAAAGCCAAAUGUGUAUUGUAAGACAGUCAGCCCGAACAGCCGAAGCUCUAGCGAGUUCGGGUCAUGUGCUUGAGCCGCCAUGCCAUAGAUGUGUCCACGCCGGUGUUGAAUGCGUCCUCGCAACUUCAAACCGCGGCGGAUAUCGGCGACGCAAAACUGAUAAUUCUCUGGUUGACAGUGCGUCGACGGAAUGGCAAUACUCAAUCCCAGAAAAUCGGCAGGAGGCGCAGGAAGCGACGCCCACUUCAAUUUGUGCCACUCAUCAGAACACUCGUGAACAGUUCGAAAUUCGUGACUCAGCUCAGUCUGCUGGUAUUAUUGAUGAUACCUUCGCCUCGACAGACUUACACAAUACCUCAGAUGCUCUAAAAAUAUUGAGUAAAAUUGCUGGCAGUGCCUCAACAAACAUCGUGGCCUAUACUGAAUCUUCGCGUCUUGCUCAAUGUAGCGGAAGCCAGGCCACGGUCCCCGAGACUGGCCUGCUUGAGUACCAUCUUGUCAAAGCUGGUGCCUUGACACCAUCCCAGGUACUCAAUCUUGUUGAACGGCGUUUAUCCACCAGCUUUGCCACCAUAUAUCAUCCAUUCUACCCCAUUGUGCCGGAGAAAUCCUUGAAUCGCGCAUUUAUUUCCGGAACAGCGCGAAGCGAGCCAUAUCUCCUAACUGCAAUAUGCGUGAUUGGUUCCAAGGAUAUGGCCAACGGAGAGCAUAUUCUGGGGGCUUGUGCUCAAUACAUGAGUUGUUUAAUAACAGAGAUUAUAGCUGGCAAGAAAUGUGGGGUGGACGCAAUUGAAGCUUUGUUGUUGCUGGCAGAGUGGGAACCUCAAUGCUCAUUGCCCGAAUCUGCCAACUUGGGUUAUGGACAAGAAGACAUGGCAGCGUGGAUGCACAUCGGUCUUGCUGUCCGGCUAGCGUAUUCCAGGAGGCUAGAUCGAACUCAGUUCUAUGACGUUUCGAGGAAUGGAGGAGCGAAUGCCUCUCGGGAGCGCCUAGCGUGGGCAGCCUGUUACUUAUCGGAUCGCCAAAUUUCUGUCAGAAUAGGCCGGCCGUUUGCGUGUCGUGGCUUGGAGCCUAGUAUUGUUUAUGGCCGUUAUGGCUUUCCAACUGUGGGGUCCCAACAGUUGGUAGAGGAGACUUUCUCCAGUGUCUUCCGUGCGAGGUUGGAAUUAACACAGAUCUUUACUAAUGUACACGAAGUACUUUACUGUAACAUGGGCGCCGGAGCACAGAUGAUGCUGGUGGGGAGCUAUGCCGCCUACUUGGAUGACUUCCGAGGAGCAAUUGCAGCAUGGAACUGUGUCUGGGGUUCUUUGACAUGUCCCCAACACAUAAAGAUAUUGCUCCAAUUGUCAUAUGAGUAUUUGAGAUUAUACGCCAACGCAUUCGCCUUCCAAGCAGCUGCCCUUCGCACAAUAUCACACCGUCUUCCCGGGGUCGAAAAUGGGUCCGCCCACACCGAAGGCCGCGGAUCUCUCCCCGAAGCCCGCUUCAUGUUUGAGUCUAUAGAUGCUGCGAAGUCACUAUUGACUAUUGUCAACAACUAUAUUCCGUCGGCUGAAAACUUGAACCAGUUUCCCAUCCGUUUUCCUUUGUAUUGCGUCAAUGCUGCUGUCUUCUUAUAUAAGAUAUGGACUCUGAAUGCUAUCUCUCAUCCCGAGCGUGCCAGUGUUCGACGGCUUAUUGGUGAUGCAAUAAGUUCUUUGCGCAAGGGGACAACAGGAUCAUCAGAACUCGGGGCAAGAUAUGCUAAUCUGCUCGAAAUCUUAUGGAAGCGAGUGGAUCGACUGUCUGUCAUGGAUGACGGAAAUCCAACAUUUGAUGACCGAGCACGACCGUUUCCUCAGUCUCAAGUCCGUCCUUCGUAUCUCCAGGACGGCUUUUCCUGGCUCGAUUUGGAAGCCAUCGGUGAAUUUGUCUUGGGCGGUGCCGUUUCCAAUGAUAUUGACUUGACUAAUACGCAACGCUCGAUGGACACCUCGUUUUGUGAAGGAACUGAUUGGGGUGAAGCUCAAUAUCUUGCCAGCAAUGAGUUUUUUCGGAUCUUCUAA